GGAAGAAAGAGGGCUAGCUGCACGACGAUGGCGAGCUCGAGCAGGGCUCAAGUGGCCAAAGAAAAGGGAAAUGAGGCGUUCAAGAAGGGUCAGUAUGCGGAAGCUGUGGGUCUGUACACGGAUGCGAUCCUGUGCGACUCGUCCAGUUCCACCUAUCCUCUCAAUCGGUCAAUGGCCUACCUAAAGCUUGGAAAGUGAAUUCGAAGAUGCGGAAAGAGAUGCCACAACGUCGAUUCGUCUUGACUCAGCGAAUGUGAAGGCGUACUAUCGAAGGGGUAGCGCUCGGAGGCAAAUGGCCAGACUGGAAGACGCCAUUGCAGAUUUCGAAAAGGUGCUGCAUUUGGAUGCGCAGAACAAGGACGCCAAGGCCGAGAUCUCUGCGCUGAAAAAGGAGCUGGUGGAUGAGGACAGGCGAAGGAAGGAGAGACGUCAGCCUCCGCUGGACCUUGAUACCGAAGCGCGGAAAAAGGAAAGCAAGGGAGGUACACCGAGAGGGGAAGAAGGAGGCAGCAGCGUGGAGGCAGCGAGACGAUUCCUCGAACAAGUCGGUAUGGACGGAAAUGCACCGACGCAAAAGCCUAACAGUAAGAGCGCAACUAGCGACACAGUUCCGCCGCCCCGCUUUCCUGGCGAGACAGGUGGCAUGCUACGGGAAGUCUCAACGAGGAAGCUAGAACGUACGGAAGGGUCACCAGCAACCGCGACAGGCCAAACAUCAUCUUCUGUCGACACUGGGUCACUGCAGGUUGUGGAGUCAAGUGCGAGAUCGGAUGACGCAACCGACGCCUCUAACGAAGCGACAAUUGCCUCCUUGAAUGCACUCUCAAGCCUUGGUACUCCGAAGAGAUCAAGUGCUUCUGCUGCUGCUGCUGCUGCAACCGCUCCUCGGCCUCCUAUGGUGAAUAGUGUCAUGAAGCGCAGAUUGAAUGCGUAUGACUUUCACAGAGCUUGGAGGGAAGUAUCUGCAGGCUCAUCCCAGGACAUCCUGGACUUCUUGUCGUCGCUCGACCUCGAAGCGCUGCCGCAAACACUGGGCUCACUCCUUGAGCCGGACCUCCUCGUCUCGCUCCUUGCAGGCCUCACAAGCAUAAGCACAAAGCAGCAGGAUGGCUCGGAGGUCCAGCACACUAAUGUCGUGGGGACCGUCAUGCGAGUCUUGCCGUCCUGCGACCGCUUCGAGACCGCCCUCAUGUUUUUGAGUCCAAGCGAAAAGGACGUUGCUUCAACAAUCCUCGACUCUCUUCGCCGUAACAAAUAUGCUUCGAUUGAGAGCAUCGGCAGGCGCUGGUCCUUCUGAUCCGUUAAGAUGCACACAAACACACACACGCGCACACAAUGACAGUUGGUGAUACUGUACUGUACAAUAGAAAUACAACCAAAGA